AUGCAGCUCAUUAAAGCAUCUGAUAAUGGAAAGCCACUAGAAUCAUCAUUUGCAUUUCGUUAUUGGUGGAAAACUCAACGCAUCUUAGGAUUGCUCCCAAACAAAUCCGAUCAUUACUGGUACUACUUAUAUGGGAUUUUCAUGAAUAUCUUCUGUACACUUUGCCUACCAAUAACAUUGCUGAUAAAUUUAUUUUUUGUUAAUGGUUUGGAAGAACUGAUAACCAAUAUAUCAAUGACUGUUUUACUUUCAAUGAUCAUCUUUAAACAACUUGCUAUUCUAUAUAACCGAAAUGCUCUUUUUAAGGCCAACAAAUACCUAAAGGAAUUGGAUAAACGGGCAAAUCCACAUAAACAGGAUCGACAACAUAUCCUUAAAGGAAUGCGUUUAAGUCAAUUAUAUCAUUGUUUCUAUUUAGUGUACUAUUUUUUGGGUUCGACGGGUCUCUGCAUAACCGGUUUAAAUUUGCACCAACUUAUUUUUAGUGGUUGGUUUCCCCAACUUUUUCAAGACCCAAAGUACAACUUUUAUUUGACAUUCGCCUAUCAAGGUUUCUCUCAGUAUUACUUAACAAUAAUCAAUGGUUGCAGUGACUGUUAUCUGCAGUGUUACUUAGUAGUUCUGAUAGGACACAUACGUGCAUUAUCAAAUCGUAUAGAGCGUAUUGGAUUAAAUAAAAGUAUGAAUCAAAAUGACAAUUUGAAGGAGUUAGUGGAAUGUAUCACAGACCAUAAACACCUAUUAGCUUACUUCGAUUGUAUUACCUCAGCUAUUUCACAAACUAUGUUAGUACAAUUCUUUGUUGCUAUUGUUGUGCUUUGCUUGAAUUCGUUCAAGCUAUUAUAUUUCAGCCGAAGUAUAGCUCAAUUCAUAGUGGAACCUGCUCAACUCAUUGCCUUGGUUAUUGAAAUAUUUCCCUGUUGCUAUUACAUGGAUCAAUUGCAGGAGGAAGAUUACAAUCUGACAUUGUCCAUAUACAGUUGUAAAUGGUAUGAGCAGAGUUUGAAGUUCAAGAAAGUUCUAAUAAUAUUCAUGCAACACUCACAGAGACUAAAAACUGUUAAAGCUGGACAUAUAACACCAGUAAACUUAGAGAAUUUUGUCGCGAUUUCAAUGAUUGGAUUUAAGCAGCUUGCUUUUCUCUAUAACCGAAAUGCUCUUCUUUACGUAAAUACCUACCUAAAACGAUUGGACAAACGUGUAGAAACACACAAACAGGAUCGUCUACAUAUUCUUAGAGCAGUACGGAUUAGUCGUUUAUAUCACUGGUUCUAUGUAGUUUAUUUUGUUAUGGGUUCAACAGGUCUUUGUGUAAUUGGUAUUAACUCAAAUGAAUUGGUUUUUAGUGGAUGGAUUCCGCAAGUCUUUAAAGAGCCAAAACACAAUUUUUAUUUGACAUUCGCCUAUCAAAGUUUCUCUCAGUAUUUCAUGACUGUUAUUAAUGGCUUAUGUGACAGUUAUCUGCAGUGUUACUUAGUAGUUCUGAUUGGACACAUACGAGCAUUAUCAAAUCGUAUAGAGCGUAUUGGUUUGAAUAAAAGUAUGAGCCAGAGUGAUAACAUGAAGGAGUUAGUAGGAUGUAUUAAGGAUCAUAAACAGAUGAUGGCGUACCUCGAUUAUAUUACCCCUGCUAUUUCACAAACUAUGUUAGUACAAUUCUUUGUCGCUGUUGUUGUGCUUUGCUUGAGUGCACUGAAAUUGUUAUAUUAUAGUCGAAGCAUAAUGGAAUUCAUAGUGGAACCUGCCCAUCUUCUGGUUUUGGUCAUUGAAAUAUAUCCUUGUUGUUAUUACAUGGACCAGCUGCAGGAAGAAAACUACAAUCUGAGAUUGUCUAUUUACAGUUGUAAAUGGUAUGAGCAGGAUCAGGACUUUCAGAAAGUUCAAAUAAUAUUCAUGCAAAAUCUACAGAGGCCAAAAACUGUUAAAGCAGGAAACUUAGCGCCAGUAAACUUAGAGAAUUUUGUGGCGGUUAUAAAGUUCACUUUUUCGCUCUAUACCUUGUUAACAAAUAUGACGUGA